AUGUCUUCAGAACUUACCGGUAUCAUGGUGGCGCUGAUCACCCCCUUCAACGACGAUAAGACCAAGAUCGACGAAGGCCGUCUACAGGCACACAUUGAGCACCUCAUCAAGGCCGGUGUCCAUGGUCUUGUGCCCGGCGGUAGCACUGGUGAAUUCACCGUGCUGUCCACAGCCGAACGCAAGCAACUCACCGAGCUGUGCGUGAAGUACGCUGCCGGACGCGUUCCCGUCGUUAUUGGUACUGGUAGUUGCUCACACGAUGAGGCCGUCGAGCUCUCCAUCCACGCUGGGCAAGCCGGAGCCACCGCCGUCAUGGUCGUCCCUCCUUUCUACGACCCAGUUAGCCUGGAGCAAUUGGAGGAGCUGCUGAGCGAGAUCCACACCAAGUCAAAGCUUCCUAUUAUGUUCUAUAAUAUCCCCAGUGCUUCUGGGUUGACUCUUUCCCCCUCAGAGAUUGCCGGUCUGUCCAAGGUUGGCGUCAAGUACCUUAAGGAUACCUCCGGCAACGCGCCAGCCCUUACGGAGUUGAUCUUCGGUCUCUCGGAUAAGAUCACAGCCUUCAAUGGUUGGGAUACCCUUACCUUCUACGGUCUUGCCGCUGGAUGCCCCGGUGGUGUGUGGGGAGCUGCCAACUUCAUUCCUGAGCUGGCUGUUGAGCUUUGGGAUGCCGUUGCUGUGAAGGGUGAUCUCAAGCGUGGACGUGAGCUCUGGACUAAGGCUUUCCCUAUUUGCAAGUUCCUCGAGACACACAACUACUGCAGUGCAGUCAAGACUGGCGUUGAGUUGAUUGGCCAGCCUACUGGCGGCCUGCGGAAGCCUUUCUCCCUUCUGAAGCCCGAGCUGCAGGCCGAGCUGAAGCAGCUGCUUCAGAAUGCUGGUGUGAAGACGAUCUAG